AUCCUCAAGACCCACCCCCUCAAAAAAACCUAUCACCAAGCAUGAGCUCUAAGCUAUCAGUGGCAAGCGUGCGGGGCUCCGUCAAGGACCUUCUGGCUGACGCCAAUGGCGAGAAAAGACGCAACUUUGUAGAAACUAUCGAACUUCAAAUUGGUCUCAAGAACUACGACACUCAAAAGGACAAGCGUUUCUCUGGUACCGUCAAGCUGCCUAAUGUCCCUCGCCCGCGCAUGUCUAUCUGUAUUCUUGCUGAUGCUGCGGACAUUGAUCGUGCCAAGCAAAUUGAACUCGAGUACAAGUCGGUUGACGACUUAAAAAAACUCAACAAGAAUAAGAAGCUCGUCAAGAAACUUGCCAAGAAGUAUGACGCAUUCUUGGCCUCUGAAGCCUUGAUCAAGCAGAUUCCUCGUCUUCUUGGACCUGGUCUCUCUAAAGCCGGAAAGUUCCCUACUCCUAUCUCUCAUGCUGAGGAUCUAGCGAACAAGCUCAACGAAGUCCGAUCGACGAUUAAGUUCCAGCUCAAGAAGGUUCUUUGCUUGGGUGUUGCCGUCGGACAUGUCCAGAUGACUGAUGACCAGGUUCUUGCGAACGUCAUGAUGAGCAUCAACUUCCUCGUUUCGCUUCUCAAGAAGAACUGGCAAAAUGUUUCGUCUUUGCAUAUCAAGAGUACGAUGGGCAAACCCAUUCGUCUAUUCUAAGUUGGUAGUGUGCAUAGGGUUGGAUUUGGGUGAGAGCCAAUCUGGCAUCGUAAUGCAAAACAAGAAGCCCCGCACGCUUUUACCAACGGCUUUGAAGGUGGGGAAGCCGAUUGGGAGCUGAUACGAUGCCAUGAUCUUGAGCUUUCUUCCUGAUUCUUGCUUCAUUUUAUCCUCUAGGAUUUAUAUGUACCUGCUGCUAUUAUCAUGAGCUAGUUAUGACGCCGAACGUUCUGGUUGCGAUGGCAGUAUCGCGGCUUUUGCUAACGUCACAGUUGAAGGGAUUCAUAGUGGAUUGCGGCU